CAGAGACUCCCCUUGCCGUCUCUCUCUCCCCUUGGUUUCGUUUCCUUUCCUGCACCUCUUGAGCACUGUUCCCACCCAAAACCGACCCCCUCUUCAUUUCUUCCUCCCCAAUGGAGAGGCCGAAGGAAAUGGCGCUCUUGAAUUCCGACGGCUUCUCGAGUCAUGAUCGCGGUCGCAGUGUUGACGAGGGUGUCGAUCGGAGAGACGGGAUCGAGGAGGUCGAUUUCUUCUCGGAGAGCCAUCGGGGAGACAAGGAUGGUACCGCACGAGCUGGUGUUUCGCAUGAUCGGCAAGGGAAGCAUGUGUCACCUCAGGAAGAUACAGGCAUCAAUAUAAGUACCGGGUUGCAUCUUUUGACCAUGAGCUCACGGGUUGGCCAGGGAGCUGGAGAGGAGAAGAAACCUAGCAACGAGCUGGUCAUGCUUCAAGGGGAGCUAAACCGAUUGGGAGAAGAGAACCGGAAAUUAAGGAUCAUGCUAGAUCAGCUCACUAGAAGUUAUGGUGCUCUUCACAACGAGUAUAUUUUAACCAUGCAACAACGAGCACAGGAUUUCCGGCAUGGACAGGACAACAAGACCGACACAUCGAGUCCGGUGGCAGUAUCUGAACACCAAUUCAUGGAACCUGGUCAAACUAGCAUGCGGAACAUCGAACAUUCUGGUGCUGAAGAUGAAGAACAAUCACAAACAUUGAGCAACGGCAUCGCCAACAGAGGUUCAAGGGAGCAAGGCACUAUUCCAUUCACCAAGAGACAGCUACCUGUUGAUGAUGGUCCCUCGGAGCAAACAUCACCAAGCUGGGGGAGCAACAAGAAUCCUAGGCUAAUGCAAGAAAGGAGCACUGACACCGAGCUCCCAUGCCGCAAAGCAAGAGUCUCAGUGCGUGCACGGUCUGAUGCCCCAAUGAUUAGUGAUGGAUGUCAAUGGAGGAAAUAUGGUCAAAAGAUGGCAAAGGGAAAUCCAUGCCCACGAGCCUAUUAUCGUUGCACCAUGGCUGUUGGUUGCCCCGUUCGAAAGCAGGUGCAGAGAUGUGCUGAGGACAAGACCAUUCUUAUAACCACCUACGAGGGCAACCACAACCACCCUCUCCCCCCAACCGCCACCGCCAUGGCCAGCACCACGUCCGCCGCUGCCGCCAUGCUCCUCUCCGGCUCCACCACCAGCAAGGACUCCCUCAUGGCCGCUGGUGGCUUCUUCCAACCCGUACCCUAUGCUUCCUCCGUCGCCACACUCUCCGCCUCCGCCCCAUUCCCCACCAUCACCCUCGAUCUGACGCAGUCCCCGAGUCCACUCCAGCUCUCGCGGGGCCACCUGCCGUCAAUUCCAUUCUCGAUGCCGCCAUCGAUGUACCUCCCUCAUAAGCUGCCGCCUGGAGUGGUGGGGCCGCCGGCGGUGCAGUUUGGCCCAAGGCAGCAAUCGAUGGUCGAGACAGUGACCGCGGCUAUUGCAACAGAUCCCAACUUCACUACAGCCUUGGCUGCCGCCAUCAAAUCCAUCAUGGGGUCUCCUCGGAGCACCAGUGGUUCUGGUGGUGGCAAUAGCUCCCCUACUGGCCCUCAGGUAGGACCUGGACCACCUCAGUUUCCUCAGUCUUGCACCACGUUUUCUACUAAUUAAAGGGAGUCAGAAUGGGUGCAUGCCUUGCUGUUAUCUACGUCUUCCAACUAGAAUGGUCUCCACAGGUUGCAUAUAGCGUGAGAGUAAAUGUCAUAAUCAAAAUUUUUCGUUCAUCCAUCUAUGUGCCUACCUUAUUAUUAUACCAGAAUACUUUGCUACUAUCAAUAGAAUAUUGUAAAUUAGUGGUUGUCCCUAACAAAUAUUUAUGUCGAGCCCUUCAAUUAGUUGGGCAAGGAAGAAGGAUGUCUUGUAAGUAAAUAUUACAAAGAAACGCUGGGUAAGAAAGAGAGAGAGAGAGAGAGAGAGAGAGCGCUCUUAUUCUACUUUUAUUUACCCUUAUCAGUGCAUGGUUCGGUGUUCGUGGUA